CUGACGCUCGGUGCGACAACUACUGCUUCGAUUGGCUAUGGACAGGAGGUUUCGUGUGUGCACCUAGAUCAUUAUUAUAUUAUCCAAAUUAUAUUCAUCAAAAAUAGAGGAUACUAACAUAAAAAGUUCUGCGUGGACAACUAAAUCGACCUUCUCCUCCCUCGAGGAGAGGGCGGAGGGCGGCAAGUCCUCCGCCUUGAAAGGUCUUACCCUCUCUAUUUAUACAAUAUCAUUAUUUUCCGGGAGAGAUUCGUUCUUCUAAGGAAAAUCAUUACCGUCAAAAUGAAGUUCGCUCGAGGAUCAUGGAAAAUAAAAUGGAGCCACGUGGAGCUGCGGAACCUCGUGUUCUCCACACGAUUUCUUCUUAUCCUUCUUCUUGCAACUGGUUGUAACGCCUCGUACGAGAUGCAGGGACCGAGUUUUGUUUCUGAACCACCUUCUCGCGUCGAAUUUACCAAUGUGAACGGUGGUAGAGUGGACUGCACAGUCAGAGGGAAUCCAGCACCUACAGUGGAUUGGUUGGCCGCCGAUGGAGGCAGUAUAACUAACAUACCAGGCAUCCGACACGUUCUUGGGAACGGGACGAUUCACUUUCCGGGAUUUGAGGCCGAAGCUUUCCGACAGGACGUCCAUUGGGCCAUUUAUAAGUGCUUAGCCGCGAACAGUGUCGGCGCCGUCGUCAGCAGAGACGUCACUGUCAGAGCAGUGGUGAGCCAACCUUACGAUCCCGAAGUGCAAAGUCCAGGCAGUUUUCCCGGCAACAAUGUACUUAUGCGUUGUAGUGUGCCCAGUUUUGUACGAGACCACGUCACCGUAACUUCCUGGUUUCAAGAACCAAAUUUCAACAUUUAUCCAACUCCGAUGAGCGAUGGCAAAUAUCACAUGCUUCCGAGCGGUGAACUGAUGAUAAUCAAUAUUACCCGGACGGAUGCACAAAUGACUUACCGCUGCAGAACUCAUCAUCGAUUGACCCAAGAAACGGUCGUCAGUAGCAGUGCUGGUCGGCCACAAUUGACUGAACUCAGAGGUUCCGUGCCACCAAUAAUAAAUGAGAAGCUGGUUUACAAAUCUGCUAGAUUGAAAGAGACCAUAGUUAUACCUUGCGUAGCAUAUGCCAAUCCUACUCCGAUAAACAGAUGGUAUUACAACAGGAAUCAAAGAGAAGAACCGAUCGAAGAUACUUCCGGGCACUACAUCAUUCGAGAUGGUUCUUUAAUUAUACAGGGAGUCCAAGAAAAUGACGCUGGAUCCUACAUGUGCAUUGCUAGUAACUCCGAAGGCACCGAGACUUUAGAAAUUAGAUUGACUGUUUCUGCACCUCUCAGUGUUCACGUCCAACCUGCUAUUCAAACGGUCGAUCUUGGAAAGCCUGCUCAUUUGACGUGCAGCGCAAGUGGAUUUCCACAGGCAGCACUCUACUGGUUGAAGGAUGGUCAGCCAUUGAGAACGGCCGGUCGCGUGAGCGCAGUUUCGAGGGAACGUAUCUCCGUGACGUCGGUUGCACGCGAAGAUCGGGGCAUGUACCAGUGCUUCGUCAGGAACGAGUACGAAAUGGCCCAAGGAAUCGCAGAAUUGCGGUUGGGUGAGAUCGCACCACAGCUGGUCUACAGGUUUAUCGAACAGACAAUGCAGACUGGACCAUCGGUUUCUCUGAAAUGCAGCGCCGCGGGUAAUCCUACGCCGCAAAUUUCCUGGCUGCUAGAUGGAUUUCCUCUUCCACAAAACGACAGGCUUCUGAUUGGCCAAUACGUGACCGUGUACGGAGACGUAAUAUCCCACGUUAACAUCACAUCGGUUAAAUCAGAGGAUGGUGGAGAAUACGAGUGUACUGCUAGCAGUAGAGCAGGGGACUCGAAACAUUCAGCAAGACUGAAUAUUUACGGAUUGCCAUAUGUCAGACCCAUGUCGACCGUCUCAGCGGUCGCUGGGAAGCAACUAUAUAUCAAAUGUCCUGUAGCUGGAUACCCCAUCGAAUCAAUAGUAUGGGAAAAAGGUAACGUAAAACUGCCAACUAAUAUGAGACAAAGAGUUGUGAAUGGUACUCUUUUCAUCGACACCGUACAACGUGCCGCUGAUCAAGGCACGUACACCUGCACUGCCAGAAACAAGCAUAAUAUUACUUCACAACGAUCCGUCGAAAUUCGUGUUUUAGUGCCACCUAAAAUCACGCCUUUCAGUUUUGCUCGCGAUUUAAACGUAGGCGACCGUACUAGCAUACAGUGCGUGGUCGCUACUGGCGAUCUGCCACUAACAUUCACGUGGCUGAAAGAUAACGUCCCGAUAGAGACAAUCAGAACGACGUCGCAGGAGGCGUCAUCAAACCGUGCUAACAACGGAGAGAACAUCGGUUCGUUUGCUAACAAGUCUCUUAAGAACAGCCCCGGUUCGAAGAAAGGUACUGCCGCCGCCUUAGCAGCAGCAGCAGCAGCAGCAGCAGCCGCAGCCCACGACCCGAGAAAGGCGAUAACCAUCCGGCAAAAUGACGCUUUUAUCAGCGCCCUGAGCAUUAGCACGAUCGCACCCGCGCACAAUGGCACGUACACCUGUCGCGUGACCAAUGGCGCAGCCACCGUCGCUCAUUCUGCACUCCUUCACGUCAACGUACCUCCGAGGUGGACCGUGGAACCUAUCGACCAGGAUGCCGUUGUAGGUUACGGCGUCUCCAUUGCUUGUCAAGCCGAAGGAUUCCCCAUUCCGACUGUGACUUGGAAGCAAUCUAUUGGUGAAACACCAGGCGACUAUAGGGAGCUAGGAUACAGCGGUACGGAGGGAGCAGGGGUUGCCGGAAAUGGGUCCUUGGUGAUUCUACGAGUAUCAAGAGAUCAUGCCAGCUCCUAUCUAUGCCAAGCGAGCAACGGCAUUGGACCUGGCCUCAGCAAGCUCAUUCGCCUAACGGUUCAUGCGGGUCCUCAGGUGACAGUAAGAACGAGGCAGGAGUCGGUGAGAAGAGGAGAUAGCGUAACGCUACGAUGCGAAGCUGAAGGAGACUCUCCUCUUGAUCUGAGCUGGCGUGUUCGUGACAGUAGGGUCGAUCCUAAUUACGACGUUAGAUACAACAUAGAAAAGAACGUAAUAGGCGGUAGAGUACUAUCAGAAUUGAGAAUAAUCCAAGUCAACCAUAUGGACCGUGGAGAUUAUAUUUGCGCUGCUAGCAAUGCUUAUGGUCGCGAUCAUGCUACGAUCCACUUGCUGGUCCAAGAACCUCCAAACUUUCCGAGGAAUGUGCACGUGGCAGAAAAAGGUAGCCGUUCGAUUCUCAUAGCUUGGUCGUCACCACAAAGCGAUCAAGACGCAAGUCAUGCGAGCUCACCGAUCACAAACUAUAUCGUACAAUACAAAGAAGCACAGGACGUGUGGCAUGAACACAACACGCAGAAGCUGGUAGCAGGAGACAACACGGUCGCUCUGGUAUCGCCCCUAAAACCCGCUACAUCCUACCACUUUCGAGUGCUUGCGGAAAAUCACCUUGGAACAUCAGCGCCAAGCGACAUCCUUCAUGCACAAACGGAAGGCGAGAUUCCAGGAGGGCCACCUAAGCACGUUUCCGUUGAACCAUUGGGACCGCAGCAACUGAAGAUCACCUGGCAACCACCAGAUCGAUCUCUUUGGAACGGCGAGCUUCACGGAUAUACCAUCAGCUAUACCAAUCUCGGAGGAGAUGAUCAAUCGGUGAAUACUACGCGAGUGGGUAUCACAGGAAACGGUGACGGUUCCUACGAUUACAGACUAACCGGUUUACGGAAAUACACUCAGUAUAGUAUAAUUGUGAAGGCAUUCAAUAACAAGGGAGAUGGACCUGGUUCUGAUGCUGUUAUGGCACAAACCUUUGAAGAUGUUCCAAGCGCGCCACCGCAGAACGUGGCUUGCACCGCUUUGACCGGGCAAAACAUCCAGGUGACCUGGAAACCACCACCUUCCGACAAAGUUCACGGGGUCGUGCAAGGAUACAAGCUCCUGUACGAAGCAGCCAGCGGCAUCGCCUCCGAAUCACAGACUGGUCGAGAAACGAAAAUCAGUCAUGCACUUAGCACAGUAUUGCAUGGUUUAAGUCCUUACACGAACUACACCGUUCAGGUCUUGGCAUAUACCAGAGCUGGGGAAGGUGUCAGCAGCAGUCCUGUCUCUUGCACUACCGAGGAAACUGUUCCGGAUGCACCGGAACGUGUGAAAGCUGUAUCCAGUGGGGAAGAUUCGGUAGUUAUAUCUUGGCUACCACCUCGAAGACCAAACGGCGUUCUCACCAAAUACACCGUUUUUAUUCGAGUUUUGGACCAGGGCCAGGAAGUAAAAAUCAGUAAGAAUCCAAUGUCUGCGCAAAGCUUGCAUCAUGAGGUGACCGGUCUGAAGUUACGCGAAUCUUAUGAAGCUUGGGUCGUGGCCUCGACUAAAAUGGGCCAGGGUACUAACACUCCGGUCAUCAAACUUCAACCAAGCACUACUGUUCCAGCUGCAAUAAUAUCGUUCGGUAUUCCUAUCGUGGUACCAUGGAGAGUCGAUGUUAAUAUGGCGUGCCUCUCUGUUGGAACUCCACGACCUACAGUCGAGUGGAGACGAGCUGACGUGAAGCUGCAUCAAAAAUAUGAUUUUGGCCCAGAUAAUACUUUGACUCUGAGGAACGUUCAAAGGAGUCACGAAGGUAAUUACUCCUGCCAUGCGAAGAACUCUUUUGGGUCUGACGAGAUUACGUAUACAUUGCAAGUACAAGUUCCACCGACUCCGCCGACGCUUCUGGCAACCGGCACAACGACCGACGCCGUUCAGUUACAAUGGAAACAGGGAGACAACGGUGGUGCACCCAUUAAAGGAUUUCUCUUGGCUUAUCGUCGCGAAUUCGCUGAAUGGGAGGAAGUGCUGCUCGACCGCAGAGCCAGUACCCAUCUUCUCGAGGGUUUGCAAUGUGGUACCAGGUAUCAGUUCACUCUCGCUGCCUUCAAUAAAAUAGGCAGCGGUAGUGCUAGCAAAAUUGAAACUGCCAAGACUAAUGGUUCCAAACCUAUACCACCUUCCAAGCAUCAUCUUAUCAAAGUCAAUCAGACCGCUGCAAGUUUAGAAUUAGCUUCCUGGCAAGACGGAGGCUGCCCGCUCCUUUAUUUUGUCGUGGAAUAUAAAAGGCCACCUGGCGAUUGGUUGUUAGUUGAGAAUAAUUUACCACCCCAAUUGAGAUAUACCAUCAAUAAUCUCGAGAGCGGAACGAACUACGAGCUUCGUGUGACAGCUUACAACAAUGCGGGAUCCACCCAGGCCGAGUACUUGUUCAGCACGCUGUCACAGAACGGCAACAUCCGGCUGCACGAGGACCAACCCCAGGAAUCUGAAAAUACGCCCCUAUAUCUUGACGCUCACGUACUGGCACCGAGCGUCAUCUCGGUUCUCGCUGUAAUCCUAGCUGUAGCCGGUGUUUGUUUUUGUUUAAAAACACAUCCAGAAAGAUCAGGGGUCGUGAACGAUCCGAAUUCGCAAACACAGGUGGCUCUGGACAAUAAACAAAAUACCGAGCAAAGGGAACAGUAUUACGCGACUGUAAGGAAACCUGGACAACAAUCACCACCCUGCCGUGAGGUGAGCGCCCUGAAACGAAUACCAGAAUAUCCUGAAGACAUUUAUCCGUACGCGACCUUCAAUGUGCCCGAGCAGGAAAAUCCAACGCGACAGGCAUUUUUCUACGAACGCAGCGAGACGAUGCUUCAGGGUGCUCAAAAUAAAAGAUUUCAGUGCGAUGUGGAUCAAUACACAAAAGUACGUGGUCGAGCACGUCGCAAAUCCAAAUCAUUCAAAUCGGAAUCCGAGGAAUACGACACAUUAGGUUCGGACAGCGACACUGAAGUUGGUACCAGCAGCCGCACCGAAUCAUCCAAUCAUCUAGACGAUUCCGGGCCAACGUCCCUGAUGGCUAGAUCACCUGGACCAAACUCCGUCGGUCAGAGGGAACAACGACUAGCCUUGGUCCCGGUUCAUCAUAAUGUGCUGUACAUUUCGAGUACAUCAACGGAGCCGUCACCAAUUUCUGAGAGGAAGACUUUUCCCAGGCUCGAAAAACAAAGAAGUCGAGGAGCAACACCAGAUAUCUCGAUCGAUGGACGUGUACCAGGGAUGCUGCGAGCCGUGAAACUCUCGGAAUCAGGAAUGCAUCCUUACUCGAGAGGCACGUCACCGAGUCACCCGAGUCACCCGAAUCGUCAAGGUUCCUGCGACCGAUUAGGGAAGGAACAGAAUUCGAGGAAAUCGGUGGAAUCCCUGUGUCUUCUCGAGGAACCAGGUUCUUCGAGGAUGAGCAGGAGAGACGAUGAUUGGGGCAGCGAGCUUUCCACAUUGGAAUUGAAACCACCAACGGGCUUCACGGAUGCUCACGAGACCAGCGAGGCCGAAUGCGACAUAGACAUGAAGUUAAGGCUUCACAGGAAGAGAAACGCUCUCGCUUCUAACAGCUCGCUGUCUAAAUCGCCGAAGGACUUUACUAUUACUGUCUAAGUGUUAAUCAAAUAUCAAACUACAAUCGAACAAAAAAAAAGUAAAAUUAAGUCAAAUAAAAUAAAAUAAAACAGAAGUAUAAUAAAUCCAAGAACGGGAUAAAAGAUUACAGAAAUUUAACGAACGAACGAACGAACAUAAUAAUAAUAAUAAUAAUAAUAAAGAAGCAUGCAAAUGAAGAAAAGAAAACAAAAAAAUAAUAAAAAUUGAGCAUGAUUGAAUGUUAUUUCAAAGGAAAAAAGAAAAAAGAGUCGCAUUUCUUCGUCGUAAAAAAAGAAACUCAUUCAUUCGACGACGAAUUCGUUCUGCCAAAGCUGCUUCGCUAACACGAAGAAUUUCAGAUUGACUUGUCUUUACGAACAACUGCUACGUCGACGAUCCCAUUUACAAUAAAGACGUAUUUUUGUAGAAAAGCCUCGAUCUAGUGAUAUGUUUUUUUAACAUUCUUUUCUAAUUUCCUCUUCCUCUUCUUUAUCCUCUACGUAAUACAUUACUCUGGAAUAUCUAGGAUUAAAAAAAAAUAUAAGCAACAGAAAAUAAUCAAAUUGAAUUGAAUUUCAGUAAAAUAUGAAUCAAAAUUUAAACGAUCUAAUCGUAAAUUCAGUGAUUUUCCGACCAUGAGAAAUGAUAUCUAGUUAAAUAUAAACGUUGGCAACGUAAAUGCCAUUUAGUAGUUACGGUUAUAAAUGAAACGUCAAUCAAACUUAAUUGCGAAGCUUAUCAACAGCGCGUCAAUCAAACUAUACCCUGAGAGACAGAAAUUCGAUUCUCCAACAAAAUUCCGGAGAGGUGGUGGAAUUGAGAGAAAACUAGAGAGAGAAUGAGAGAGACUAUCAUUGUCUCGUAUCGACGGUUGAUAAAUAAGAUAUUCGUAACAAGUAGUUCGUUGUCGACGUCUUCCAAUUCUGGGCUCCCUUAUUAAGUUGAAAGAGAAAGAGAGAGGGAGAGAGGUAGAGAAAGAACGCGAUUAUUUAAAAUUUUAAUGAAAUAAUGUAGUUGUGAUUCCUAAUACAUUUAUUUCUUCAUCCGUCAUUUGUUAGAUCACAUUGAGUGCAAGUACACAUUACAAAUUUCGUGCUUUUCGUAUUUUCGUUACAUGAUGCAUUAGGCGUACGAUUAUGUCGUGAUUUUCACGAGUUUUGAAAAAUCCUUGUCAUUAUAAAAUAAUUACGCACGCGCGAACGGUGAUAUAUAGCCAUUCGAUCAGACUCACUCUAUAUAAAUUAUUUUUUAUCGGUGUUUAUAAUAAAAAUUAUGGCAUCCGUUAUUUUGUGGAACUAUCCGAGAAGAGUAACACUGUAUUCAUUUAUUUCACUUUGUUUUUUCUUUUUUAAUGCAUUCACUUUUAUAUUUUUAUAUGUAAUUCAUUAGGUACGAAGUUACAUACGUAUAUAUGGUUACGAAGUUAAUUUAAUGCGUAUGCAUAUUAUGCAGAUACUUAUAACAUAUCUCAUGAAGAAUUGCUGAUCUCUUUCGAUCAUUUCUUCAUAUUUAUAUUAACAAUAAUUAAUAGCAUAAAAUUAAUAAAUAUAAAAUAACAAAGCUGGAAAAACAAAAAUUUAUACAAAUUUUGUUCGAAUUUAAAAAUAAGCAAUUUAUACUUUCUGUUUCAUUAAUUGACAUUAAUUCACUUACCUGUUAACAUCUCGUAUCAAGGUGAAAAUUCUUAUUAAUUAUUUCAAAACGUUGCCAAAGUUAGCGAUUCCAUUUGAUCUUUCUAAACUUGUUAGAUUUAUCGAAAAAUUUCUAACAAAAAAUUCCGAAAUAAAGUAAAAAGAAGAUGUGAAAAAUAAAAAAUUGGAAGUUACUUUUUCUUUUUAUCGAUCAGCUGUUCCUCAAUGUAGAAAUAAGAUGAGCAAUAAUUCACGUUGACGUAAAAGCGUAACGCGUAGUUCAUAAUUUAGAUCACUCGACAACGUUCGAUUCGAGACGACAUACAAUCUUUAUUUUUUUCUUUUCUCGUAGACAUUAUCAGUAAUCGUUUUGUACAAAUAGAAGUGUGACACGAUAGCGUGCCAUUAUUCGAGUCGCAAUUCAGCUUCUCGUUUUUUAAUUUCUUUAUCUUUGCGUAUUUUUCCUCCUCCGUUUUCUAUUAUUUUAAUUCUUAUUUUAUUUAUAUAUCUUACUUUUAUUUUCUUUUUUUUUUUAACGCAAGGAAUAUAAUUCCCCGCAACGAUUAUAUAUGCGCAUAUACAAGGUGUGUCAUUAAAACAAUUUUAUCAAACUUCAGUAACGCAUUCUGUGUCGAGAAUGUCAUGGCAAUAUAAAAAGUUUUAUGCUAAAAGUAAGCCCUAUUGACAGAAACUUGGAAAAUCGUUGUGCUUGUGUUGAUUGUUGUUUCUUUAACAAUUUAUUAUCGAUUCGAGUCAUUGUUUUUUUCUUAUUUUAUUUUAAAUAGAAUUACGUAGUCGAAGAUUGGUUCCGAAACUUUGAUAUAAACACCCUGCAUAUGCAUAGAAAUAUAUCUUCUUUUAUGGCUUUCACUGAAACGAGCAAUAAGCAUCCUUUCGUCUAUCCGAGCGAAAAAUUACUUUUCUUAUUCUUUUCUUCUCUUUCUUUUUUAUUGUUAUUUUUUUAUUUUUUUUUAUUUGCGCUUUUUCUUUAUUAUUUUCUUUUUUUUAUUAUAAUAUUCUUUCCUUCAGCUAAAAAGGCAGUGAGAAAUAACGAUACAUACAUACGUAGAAAAAAAGAAUUCGAGAUUAUUGUUCUCGAUUAACACAAUCUUUGAUCAUCAUUUUUUUUUACACAUCAUAGAUCUCUUAUCAUUGUUUAUAUGAAUGUGACAAAAAUGAAUGCUCAUCGUUGUUUUGUGUUAUUAACGUGUUUUUGAUAAGAAAAAAUCAAUUAUAACAUUGUAGAAGGUUUAAAGACAGAGAGAAAGAGAGCGAGAGAGAGAGAGAGAGAGAGAGAGAAAGAGAAUAAUAGAGAGAGAGAGAGAGAAGGAAAGAGAAACAGAAGUGAUUUCAUUUGAAUUCAAAUCGUCGAUUCGUUUCGACAAUCUUCGCUGUUCUCGAAGGAUCAAAUUUCCCUUACGUUUAAAAUAUCGAUAAAGUUUCUUUAGUUUUUUAGUAUCUGAAACAUCAUUGAUACGCGUUUUACAAAUGCUCACGAUUAUAAUCGUGUAGGCCUGCAUACGAAAUUGCAUCUAUUUCUCAAUGCAUUCAUUCAUUUUCGAUGUCAGACAAUUUUGGUUAAUGAUAAUGAAAAAGAAAGGAAAACAAAAAAAUAUAGUAAAAAAAAAAGUGUAAUCAAAAUAAUAUGAACGAUAGAGGUGAUUCUGUGAAGAGAUAUGAAUGAAAUGAAUUCAUGUGAAAAUGAAUUUUGUACCUAUCUAAAGCAUGUAGAUAAGAUACAAACAAAAAAAGUAUGUAAAGAUAAUAAGAUAAUGUAUAUGUAAUAAUAUAUAUCAGGAUAAACAAUAAAACAUCGAAAGGAUACUUACAAAAAGAUUUACAUGUAUUAAUAAUUACUCAUUUUCGCUAUUUUAACGGCAUAGUCACAGCACGUGCAUGUGCAAAGUCUAAAAAGGUAUCGAUCCGGUGUGUGUGUGUUUAUUAUUUUCUUUUUUUUUUUUUACUUUAAACGAAAAUAUUUCUUUACGAUAUUAUAUAAGGUGUAUAAUAACGAUAGUAAGUAUGAGGGACAAUCAUUCCUACUUGUGUAAAAGUAAAGAAUCUCCUUUCCUGAAUAAACAGUCGUAAACGCAGCCUCAUUUUUAAGGAUAGGUAGGAUCCGUUUAUGUAUAUCAAUGUAUUCAUGGGUGUCAAUGAUAUUUAGAUUCCUUCUUCUCACCUUUCUUUCAGCACGAUCGAUUGCAAAACAAUAAGUAUAGAAAGGGAAGAGAAGAAGGAAGAUCAACGAAGAAAAUUUUACAAUUCUGUUUAUAAAACAAAUCUUGAUUAUAUCAGAAAAAUAUAAAUCAAAGUGAAAAUGAGAAAAAGAUACAAUGAAAAAACAAAAGAAAAGUAAAUCAAGAGUAAGAAAAAAAAAGAAACUAAAGAAAUUUUGAAAAGAACGUGUGUGCGUCGCCUUACGAAUAUUACGUUGACUAGAGUCUAAAUUAUUUGUCUAAUAUAUACACCUAAUGUUGUUUUUUUUUAUUUACGAAUUAUACGCGAUAGAUUGUAACCCUUGAUCUAUUUACGCGAUCGUUCUUAUAUAGAAUAUAUAUCAUAUAUAUAAUAUAUGUGAUAUAUAUAUGUAUGUAUAUAUAUAUGUAUAUAUGUAUAUAUAUACAUACAUCGUCGUAUUUAGGCGCCUAUUUCUGCUUGCUUACCUGCUUUUCUUCUUAUACCUCAUAUUUUUUUGUUCUUCUCCGUUAUCCAUAUAAAUACAUAUACAAUAAUUACGUAAUGUCGUAAAUUACAAUACAGUGUUAUCCGCUCGUGUUCGACGAGAUAGCGCAUCGCAUGACAAGUUUUCGAUCGGACAUUAGGAAUGAGAAGUAGAAGAAUGUUAGAAAAGAAAACAAAUAAGAAAGACACAAAAGUUUGUCUAUUCUCAUUUUAGACGCUAAAAAUGUGUUUUUCUCUUCGGGAAGAAAUAG